AUAGCGUUCUUCAGCAUUUUCGGAGAGUUUCAUGAAGCGGGCCAUGACAUUGAAUUGAAUAUUGCUUCUAUUUUGAGGAAGUGCUUAGUUCUUGUUCUUUCAGCAGUUUCACUUCUUACCCCGAGUUCUGACUUUCAGAGGAUAUAUGGAUAAAACGUGUAAGGUUAAGAUCUGUUCUCUUAACCAGAAACGAAAGAUGUGUGAAAAGUCUCCUGUACUCCAACGUAACCUCACAUUUUGUGAGUAUUUUCUUGGUUGUAGCUCGUUGACCUGAGCUUUAGGAAGGCAGUAGCAGAAUGGUGUUGAACAUUUUGGGCUAAGAACAUGAGGUGUAAUGCUGAAGAAGAUUUCCCAGAUCGUGGUGGCCAGCCUCUCGCUGCUGUAAACCAGCCACCUCACAGCACCAUCUGACUCAGAUGCUUCCUAAUGAAACCGUGCCUAAUUUACCUACAGUGUAACAAUGACAAGCAACACACAAAAAUCUGAUGAAAAUAGAAGUAAGCGUAAAAAAGAGAUGGAGAAUGAAGCUACAGAGAAUCCUCAGUUGUCCUCCACUGACAAAACAGACGUGUCUUUUUCUGAGGGCUCACAGUCCCUCUACAAACCUGAACCACUGGAAGAGGUUUUAAAUGAGAUGAACAAAGAAAUUAAGAACUUGUUAUCAAAAUAUGCCCACAUUUUAAGUGAGAGAGCAGCAAUGGAUGCUUCUUAUGUCCAAGAACUUGAUGGAAUCUUGAAAGAAGCAAGGACCCUAGAAAACCACUUAAAACAGAAAAGGGAGAGUCUGAAACAGAGAUUCACUGUGAUUGCAAAUACUCUGCAAAGCUGAAUGGAGUCUGUUAGACUGCAGAAAUACAGAGCAAAACCUUUGUAAAAACCAUGGUGAAUGUGAUGAUGAAUGUUUCAUAAAUAUCUUCUGUAAGUAUUUCUAAUUCAGGAAACUUUCAACAAUUUAAACAGCAUCUUAUUUUUUUGAUAAGUAAGCAUAUGCAAUAUGUAGGGUAGUGACAGUAAACAUAGCACUAAAUAUCCCUUUCAAAUCCUACCACUCCAAGGGAUUCUAGAGAUUAGAACAUCUUUUCUUGUUGACCCAUUGUGUAGGCUGUCCCUGUAAUUCCAUCCUUAGAAAACUAAAUUUUGAUGCUAAAAUUGUAGUAGAAUGUAUCUGAAAUUUUAUUUUUAUUUUUGUAUCUGAGCAUAAAUAGAUUGAAGAGAUCAGCUUAGAAACAGGAGAGUUCUAUUAAGAGUAUUACUUUGGGAAAUGUAUAAAGAAAUAUAAAGUCUUAAUUUGAAUAUAUAUUUCAAUACCUACAGCUUUUCAAAUGAAAAAAGGCCAUUUUAAUAUAAUCAUAAAAGCAUAUAAUCAAAACUUUGCUGGUAAUAUCAAUAAAUGAAAGAUAAUGUUACCUCUAUCUUGAAUUACACAGUUCUUUUAUUAUUGUUGUUAUUAUUUUGAUACAUCAAUACUGUUUGCUGUAUAUCCAGUUUAUUUAAGGGUGAUUAUAGAGGUUUUGAGCAAUUUUUCUUUCUUGUCUUUUCAUUCAGUUAAAAGAUGAAACAUAAAAUAUAUAAAGCAUUAUUUGUACUAAUUGUGAGGCCAGUGUAAUAAAGAAAAGUGCUAGAUAAUCCUGUUGCUAGCAUAAGAUAGAUAAAUAUCUCUUUCUCGUAGUGCUGUGUGUUAAUUUUCUCUUUAAAUCUUUUCGGACUUAAAAGGCGGAAAGGAAGGUAGAUACAAGUCCCGACUGAAUGUGAUGUCUGUCAAGCUAAUACUAAUAAUCAAAUUAAAACAAAUGAGAGAAACUGGACACCUAGGAAGAGAUUUUCCAAGGUAUCUAAAGAUGCAGAUAUGGACUUAGUAGGAUUUUCGAAGUGCCUACGCAUGUAAGCACCUUACAAGCUUAGGAAUUUCUUAAAAUCCCAUAAGAUGACUAUCUGCAUAUUUAGCAUCUAAAGACUUUUAAAAAUCUCACCACUAGGAUACAUCAUAUUUUACUAGACUGGUAAUUUUGUAAUCGGUCUCUGCAAUUCUGUUUAAAUGCAAGAAAGUGGGAGAAAAAGAGAAGUUUUUGGAAGGUAAAUUUUAUAGAAUAUUGUACUCGGUGUCUCUAGAAUAAUUGAUUAUCUAAAAAAAAAAUUAUUAAAGGUAGAGUUUAAAAUUGUCAUCUGUGAAGUGUUUGAAAUUGAAAAUCUACCUGAAGUAACUUAUAUAAGCAUUUAAAUAAAAUUAUUGCAACUUUCAUGACUGUUAAAUAUCUGUUUGUUUUGUCAAAUUCAAUAGAGGCUUGCUGCGUUUUAUCUGUUUGUACCUAGGAAAAUUAUGCAACUUUUUUAGAUCAGCUGGAUACAGAUCAUUAGAUUUAGUUUACAUGGCUAAUAUAUAUAGGCUGUAAAGCUCUAGCUCUAGUAUCAAGUAUUAAUAGGAUGCACAACUCAAAAGUCCCAUUGGAUCACAGAGUGCAAGUUUGUUCCCUUAGGGGUUCAAAAGAGCACAGAUAUGUACUGUUAAUCUUGUAGUGGUCUGCUCCGUUUAAAAACUUCAUAAAAUCCAAUAAAACUAGUCAAUCCGCACCUCUUAGAAUGGAGAACUGCUUAAAUCUGACAUUCAAGUGCAGUUAAAUUCAACAAACCUCUCUCAAAGAUGACUUGCUUUUCUACAGUGACUUCUACAACUGGUUUUCAUUACGUUACACUGCUUGUUUGUAAUGUGGUAUAAUUUAUGGUGGGAUUUCUGUCGUAGUAAAAGGAUUUUAGAGUCUGAGGAGACAUUAAAAGUAAAUUCACUAGGCAUGGCUACAGUAGACUAGGUGAACUUGUGAACGGUGUGACUAUGCUUAUUAAAAGGCAGUCAUUCAAAGCUUUGUGUGAUUUUGAAAUCGACGUUUUUAGAACUAAUUACUAAAUUGCUAUGAGCAACAAAACUUCUGG